AUGGAAGAUGCUAUUUUUAGCUAGCAAAAGCGGAAUGAAGUAGCAAGCUUAAUAAGUACAUCUAGCUAAAUUAGUAAAAUUUGUGAUGUUAGCUAGUAAUUGGAAUAAUUUUCUUAACUGGGUAAUGAUAAAAUCGAAGAAGAGUUCAAGAAAUGCAAUAAAUCUAAUUUUAUAAAAAAUAUAUUAAACUAAUUUAUAAAUUUCUUGAUAAAUCAUGGAGAUGACGUUAUUAUCGAAUCUCUAAUGGCAGCAGAAAAGGAUAGAGACAUAAUUUAAAUCCGUAAAGAAUUCUAGAAUUUUAUUCGAGGCAAAAAACCUAACGCUACUAUGCUAGUUUCUAUUCUUAAAAGUAAAAGAUUUAGCCCUCACUUCCAUUAUUUUUUGAACUACUAUAGUAUAGACUGGAUUAAAAGCAAACAGCUUAAAGACAGAAAAAACCAUCUUCUUUGCAUUAAUUAUCUUAUUAGAUGCAAGAAUUAGCAUGAGCUGAUAGAUCGCAUCAUAAAGUACAAAAAAAAACUAUGA